AAAAAUUAAUAAACAAUGCUAAUGUUUCCGGGAAUUAAUUAACUAAAAAUUAACAACAUAGUAUUCGCAACCAGUAUUUUUUCUGCUCGUGUAUCGCUUCCAAAAAUAAUGAAAUCAAAGUUAAAUAUCAUCAUUUUGUAUUUGAUAACCCUAAAAAGUAAUGAAUUAAACGCGCUGCGUUGUUAUGUUUGCUCCGACGAUAUUUCUCUUCCGUGUACAAACUUCGAGUCUGAGAAGGAAAAAUACAUUCAAGAAUGCGACCGUUCGCAAAAGGGUUGUUUCCUCAAAAUCGAAGGUGAUAAUAGGACAAGGUCAUGUGUAGACAAGGAGCUCGAUGACUGCAAAACUGCGAACGGGGUGGAAUAUUGUUUCUGCUCUUCUGAUUUGUGCAAUGACAUUAGAGGUAAGUUGGCAGGUAUUACAGACGAUGAGGAUUUAGUAGAAGGUAGUGGUUCGAAAAUAAUACUGGAUAAAACCAAAGAAAAAUCUAACAACACGUUAGAAAAACCAACGGUUAUUCAAGUUUCGUCCACUGUUAGAAACUUUGUUUCUUUAUAUCUAAUUUCUAUUUUAUCUGUCUUGAUUUUGUUGAUUUAG